AGACGACUGACACGGUGGUGGUCCGUGUAGGCGUGAAGUGAACCGAAUCCUCGACGGAGGAAACCGCCAACGAUCUCUUCAUCUCAUCUCACGUCGUCAAAUCACCAAAUGUCUUCUUCUUCAUCUUUCGUACGACUUUUUUGUUCCCCUUUAAAUUUAAAGUAUUGAUGCCUUCGCUAUACCUCUCGCCUCUGAUUUCAACCGCUUAAUUCAGUAGGUGUUAUUAUAAAAAGAGAAGAUGGAAAAGUUGUUGAAGGAAGGCCCAACACUGGUGCAGCUGCACAAGUGGGAACCUUCUCAAUUGCAACUCAAUCUAUCCGAAUUUCGCGAGGCUUUUAUUUCUCCGUCGAGGCAGUCUUUGUUAUUGCUCUCCCACCACUCCGAAGCUCUACUUCUACCUCUUGCUACUGGGAGUUCCAUUGGCAGCGAAGUUCCCGUAAACUGUCAUGAUGAAGAGUCCAGUUGUCCUACUACAGCAUCUGAUGGGUCAGAUCCAGGAGUUGGUUCUGGUGACCCUGGUUUUGUAGAUAAUUGCACUAGUUUUCCUUUUAUUUUUGAUGCAAAGUCAGUUGCGUGGGGUAGUUUUGGGGAUACUUACAACCGGCAUGAAGAUCCGUUAUUCAGGGAAUUGUUGUUUGUAUCUGGAAGUCAUGGUGUUACCGUCCAUGCUUUUUGCUCUUUCGAAGAUUCAAGUGACUUUGCCAAAGGGAAGCCAAAUGGUGAGCUGAGGCAUGGAGACUGGGUUGAAUGGGGACCUUCUAGGCUUAAUCAGGAACCGGAACACGAAACAGCCUCUUCUUUUGAUGCUUCAAAGCAGUGGAUGCAAUCUUUUCUAGUUGAUGUGGAAACUACUGAGAUUGAGGGUAUAAGACAAUUAAGGUUCCCUGAAAAAUCAGCGUUUCCCGGUUCUGCGGAUGUUGUUUCAUUCAGCAUAUUAAAUGGUGAUCUACCUUUCUCCAAUCUUCUUUUCCAAGAGAAUUCUAUUCUUCAGGAGGGUAAUAUGCUGGAGGAAGGUAUGUACAGGUGCACCAAAGUUUUCUCCAGCGAUUCUCAUUUUCUGAUUGGAUUUGUUAUGGAGUUAUCUGGCUGUGCAUCUACGCCUACAAGCAAUGCAAAGGGUAAGAGUGUUGUAUUUGUGGCCCAGCUGUUUAACUGGGGGAUGAAAUGGGCCUCCCUUGUGAAUAUUGGGGAAUCAAGACCUACAAAUGAAUGGGCAGAUUUCCGAAUGUCUGAUAAAUUUGUUAUCUGCCUCAGUAUUUCUGGUUUGAUCUUUCUAUACGAUGUGAAAUCUGGGGAUUGUUUUGCUCAUCACGAUAUUUUACAGACAUGUGGUCCUGGCUUGCAUUCUUCAUCAGAUAUUCAAGAAGGAACGAAAGAAUCUGAUGAGCGAAAUGACUUUCAAAGUCUUGCUCCAUCCAUGUUUAAGUCUCACGUUGUUGGUUCAGCCGGCAGAAGAAAGUUUAGGAAGCUUAUUAUAGCUUCUCAUACGCCACUCAUAGCUGCAGUUGACGAAAAUGGUUUAAUAUAUGUGUUGUGUGUUGAUGACUUUGUUUCCAAAGAAUACCACAUGUCCGUGGAAUCUAUUCCUUCUUUAUGUCAUCUUGGGCCUGGAAGUCUGGUUGGGUGGAAAAUCGGUGGCAUGGACGUUGGCCAGCAAAAAGUGCACCACGCUGGUGAAGAUGUUUUUUCCAGGUGUGAUCCUAAGUCUUUUGCUUCUGAUAUCUCUAUAUCUGACCCAUGUUUGGAAAGACAACAAAACAAUUUUGAUCGAAGAGCUGGUUACUCGGGUUCAUGGCUGAGUGGUUUUACUGCUCAGCCUAAAACAAAUGCGCGGGGACUUGAAAAUUUCCAAAGAGACUCACAUGUCAUGCGGAAGAUGUUUCUAUCCGCCGAAAAAUUAGGAUCGGAGGAUAACUUGUGUUUUUCUCCACUGGGAUUCACUCAUUUCUCUAGAAAACACACAAAAAAGGAAGAUCAAAGCUUUAAGGUUCUUCACUACAGUCUGCAGGCGCAUAUGGCUACGAGAGAUGAUAGUUAUUUGGAUUACGAUAACAAAAUUUCUGUUCAAGGUGCAGAAGAAACUUUCGUUGGAGAAUCAGUUGGUUGUUCUUUCCAAGGGUUUCUUUACUUGGUGACUUGUAGUGGCCUUUCUGUUUUUCUCCCUUCCAUCUCAAUUACCUCGAAUUAUCCUACUGUUGAGGCAGUUGAAUAUCUACAGCCACUCCAAACCACUGUCAUGGGAUGCCAGGGAAGAGACAAUUUGAGAACAGAUGAAUCACGUAUUCCUUGGCAACUUGAGGUCAUAGAUAGAGUUAUAUUGUUUGAAGGCCCUGAAGCUGCAGAUCGUUUGUGCUUGGAAAAUGGUUGGGACCUAAAAAUUGCUCGUUUGGAGCGACUGAAAAUGGCGUUGGACUACUUAAAGUAUGAUGACAUCAACGAGUCUUUGAAGACGCUUGGUAAUGUGAAGCUGGCAGAAGAAGGCAUGCUAAGGGUGCUCUUUUCUGCUCUGUAUCUGUUGUCGCGCAAGAGUAGGAAUGAUACUGAGAUUUCUGCUGUAUCUAGGCUCCUCGCAUUGGCUACAAGAUUUGCAACUGAGAUGAUUCGCAUAUAUGGGUCACUUGAAUAUCAGAAAGAUGGACACAUACUGGAUGGCAGACCUAGGACACGAAUACUUUCACUUCCACCAGUUUCACGGCAUGGCGAUGUAAUGGAAAAUUCAAGGAGGUUGUCAGAGAUGGGUUAUCUUUUGGAGAUCACCCGGAAUUUUCAAUCCCGUAUUUCCAGAAAAUUUAAGAAGCUAGGAAAGGGAAAUAAUGAAAAGUCACUGAACCUGGUAGACCCAAGUUCUUUGCAGGAUGAUUCUCAGCUUGAAGUUGUUCCAGAUGCAGCACAUGAGGAGUUUACCAAUGAGGAGCUUGCUUUGACGCCUAUGGGUAAAGCUGGCCAGGUCAUUGACGAAAUAAGUUAUGCAUCUUCCCUUGUACCUCAAAAGGUAGUUGCAGAGACGACAGUUCUUCCUCUGGAAAAUCCGAAAGAGAUGAUGGCUCGUUGGAAGACUGAUAAUUUGGAUUUGAAAACCGUGGUUAAAGAUGCCUUGCUCUCCGGUCGACUCCCUUUAGCUGUUCUUCAAUUGCAUCUUCAACAUUCUAAAGACUCGUCUGAAAAUGGAGAGCAUCAUGAUACGUUUACUGAAGUUCGUGAUGUCGGAAGAGCUAUUGCUUAUGACCUAUUUCUGAAGGGAGAACCUGGGGUUGCCAUUGCAACUUUGCAAAGGCUCGGAGAGGAUUUAGAAGCGUGUCUCAACCAGUUGGUAUUUGGCACAGUGAGGAGAUCUCUUCGUUAUCAAAUUGCCGAAGAAAUGAGAAAACACGGUUUCUUAAGACCAUAUGAAGACAAUGUACUGGAGAGGAUAUCUCUUAUCGAGAGACUUUAUCCUAGCAGUCAGUUUUGGGAAACAUAUCUUACUCGUCGAAAGGAACUCCUGAAAGCUGCUAUACCUUUUGAGUCCAGUAAACUUAGUUUGCACCUUGGGGGGUCUUCUCUGUUCCAGAAUCUCGAGAUUGAAUGUGGUGAGGUUGAUGGUGUUGUUCUAGGUUCCUGGACAAAAAUCAAUGAGAGUGCAUCUGAGCAUGUGGCUGAUGAAACCGAUGCAAUUGCUGGUUACUGGGCUGCAGCAGCUGUAUGGUCAAAUGCUUGGGAUCAGAGAACAUUUGAUCAUAUAGUUUUGGACCAGCCUUUGGUCAUGGGUGUCCAUGUUCCUUGGGAUUCGCAGCUAGAGUAUUAUAUGUGUCACAAUGAUUGGGAUGAAGUCCUUAAGUUGUUGGAUCUCAUUCCUGAGGAUCUUUUAUAUGAUGGAAGUUUACAAAUUGCUUUGGAUGGUCCCAAGCAGUCGUCUGGACAAAAUUAUUCAGUUUCUUCCCAUAGCGAGUAUAUAGGCUCCAUCGAAGAAGUGGAUGCUGUACUUAUGGAUGUUCCUUAUAUCAAGAUAUUUAGGUUACCUGCAGAUAUCCGAUGCUCCUUGUGGCUAACAACACUUAUGGAGCAGGAACUUGCGAGAAAACUUAUAUUCAUAAAAGAAUAUUGGGAGAACGCUCUAGAUGUAGUAUAUCUUCUGGCUCGGGCAGGUGUCAUCCUUCCUAAUUGCGAAGUUUCACUUAAGGAGGAAUCUUGUAGGCCAUCCCUAGAUCUUUCUUUGUCCAGAAAGGAGAGAGGAGCAGAUGUUGAUACCUUGAAUGCUGUACACAAGCUAUUCAUACAUUAUUGCACGCAAUAUAAUCUGCCAAACCUUCUGGAUCUGUACCUUGAUCAUCACGAAUUGGUCCUGGAUAACGAUUCACUUAGUUCAUUACAGGAAGCUGUUGGUGAUUCCCACUGGGCAAAAUGGUUGCUGCUGUCCAGGAUCAAGGGGCGGGAAUACGAUGCAUCAUUUUCAAAUGCACGCUCAAUUAUGGCACCUGGUGCAGCACCAAACGGUGAAGUUAGUAUUCCAGAUAUUGAUGAAAUUGUUUGUACUGUUGAUGACAUUGCUGAAGGGGCAGGAGAAAUGGCAGCUUUAGCAACUAUGAUGUGUUCACUGGUGCCAAUUCAAAAAUCCUUGAGUACUGGUAGUGUGAACAGGCACAGUAACUCUUCUGCACAGUGCACACUGGAGAAUUUGAAACCAUUUCUUCAGAGAUUCCCUACCUUAUGGAAUAAGCUUGUUACUGCUUGUUUUGGAGAAGAUAUUUCUGGCAACCUUCUGCGGAGCAAGGCUAGGAAUGUCUUGUCAGAGUAUCUGAAUUGGCGUGACAGUGUAUUCUUCUCAGCUGCACGUGAUACCUCACUCCUGCAGAUGUUGCCUUGUUGGUUUCCGAAAGGGGUUCGUAGAUUAGUUCAGCUUUAUAUCCAGGGACCUCUUGGAUGGCUUUCUUUCUCAGGAUAUCCUACGGGGGAAUAUCUACUGCACAGAGGUGUUGAGUUCUUUAUAAAUGUGGACGAUCCGACUGAGAUAAGUGCUAUAUCUUGGGAAGCAAUCAUCCAGAAACACAUCGAAGAGGAACUUCACAACACAAAAACUGAGGGAACCGAGCUUGGACUUGAGCACUUCCUGCAUCGUGGACGGCCACUUGCAGCUUUUAAUGCAUUCCUGGAACAUAGAGUUGAAAAGAUAAAACUGGAGGAUCAAUCUGGCUCUUUGAAUCAUGGACAAAGAAAUAUGCAGUCAGAUGUUCCGAUGCUACUUGCACCUCUGACUCAGAAUGAUGAGUCACUUCUUUCAUCUGUCAUACCACUUGCUAUCACACACUUUGGGGAUUCUGUGUUGGUGGCUUCGUGUGUCUUCCUUCUUGAGCUUUGUGGUCUAUCUACCAGCAUGCUUCGGAUAGACGUGGCAUCAUUGAGAAGGAUAUCAUCCUUUUAUCAAUCAAAUGACAAUGCGGAUAUGGCACGACAAAAAUCAUUCAAGGGUUCUAUGUUUCAUGCGGUUUCUAGUGAAGGUGAUCUAAUGGGGUCACUAGCUAGGGCCCUGGCUAACGAAUAUGGUUAUCCUGAUAUUUCAAGUGUCCCUACGAAAAAACAUACUCCAAACAGUUCUUCUGGUGCUCAGCCCUGUCUUCCUCUAAUGCUUGUUCUUCACCACCUAGAACAAGCUAGUCUUCCAGAUGUUGGAGUAGAUAGAAAGACAAGUGGAUACUGGCUGUUAACAGGUGAUGGCGAUGGAUCUGAACUGCGGUCUCAGCAGACAUCUGCUAGCUUGCAUUGGAGUUUGGUUACUCUUUUCUGUCAGAUGCAUAACAUUCCUCUGAGCACCAAAUACCUUGCCAUGCUAGCAAGGGACAAUGAUUGGGUUGGAUUCUUAUCUGAAGCGCAGCUUGGAGGAUACCCAUUUGAUACGGUGCUCAAUGUGGCAUCGAAGGAGUUUGGUGAUCAAAGAUUAAAAGCUCACAUACUGACCGUUUUGAGACAUGCCAACUCAAAAAAGAAGGCUACUAUAUCGUCCUCAGAUGACACAAACAGAGGUUUUUCCUUUUCCUUUUCAGAGGAUGGAGCUUACGUCUCUGCUGAACUUUUUCGAGUUUUGGCUUACUCUGAGAAGCUAAACAAUCCCGGAGACUACCUUUUAUCGAAAGCUAAGGAGUUAUCUUGGUCUAUUUUGGCUCUCAUAGCAUCAUGCUUUCCGGAUGUGUCUCCCAUAUCAUGCCUGACAAUCUGGUUGGAAAUUACCGCAGCCAGGGAAACUUCAUCUAUCAAGGUGAACGAUAUAACCGCUAAAAUAGCAGAAAAUAUAGCAGCAGCCGUGGUAUCUACAAAUUCAUUGCCAACGGAUGCUAAAGGUGUCCAGUUUCAUUACAAUAGGAGGAAUCCUAAACGGAAACGGCUUAUUACACAUACUGUGGAUUCAUUGGCUUCAGCUAAUAGUUUAAACACCUCAGCUGGUAAAACACUUCACUCUCACAAAACAGAAGCUGCUGAAGAUGAAAAAGCUGAAGAUAUCAGUCUUACUAAUGAUUCGUCGGAUGAGCAUGCGUCUCUAUCAAAAAUGGUCGCAAUGCUUUGUGAACAACGCUUGUUUCUUCCUCUGCUAAAGGCUUUUGAUUUGUUCCUCCCUUCCUGCUCUCUACUGCCAUUUGUCCGGGCUCUUCAGGCAUUUUCUCAAAUGCGCCUUUCUGAAGCUUCAGCACAUUUGGGUUCUUUUUGGGCCAGAGUUAAAGACGAAUCAAUUCAUUUUCAGUCAAAUACAGCCAAAGAAGUCAAUUUUGGGCCAUCUUGGAUCAGUAAAACAGCUGUUAAAGCUGCUGAUGCUGUUUUGUCAACCUGUCCAUCUCCAUAUGAGAAACGAUGCUUACUACAACUUCUUGCUGCAAUAGAUUUUGGUGAUGGGGGAUCUGCGGCAACAUAUUAUCGGCGUCUUUAUUGGAAAGUUAAUUUGGCUGAACCAUCACUCCGGUGGGAGAACGGUCUUGACUUAGGAAGUGGGGCUCUUGAUGAUGGCUCUCUACUGGCAGCUUUGGAAAAGAACAGGCAGUGGGAGCAAGCACGAAACUGGGCCAAGCAACUUGAAACCAUGGGUGCCACUUGGACAUCAUCUGUUCAUCAUGUUACUGAAACGCAGGCAGAAUCCAUGGUCGCAGAAUGGAAAGAAUUCCUUUGGGAUGUUCCAGAAGAGAGAAUCGCAUUAUGGGGUCACUGCCAAACUCUGUUUGUUAGAUACUCUUUCCCUGCUUUACAGGCAGGUUUAUUUUUCCUUAGGCAUGCAGAAGCGGUGGAGAAAGAUCUCCCUGCAAGAGAGAUCUAUGAACUGUUACUGCUAUCCCUUCAGUGGUUGAGUGGGCUAACAACCCAGUCGCAUCCGGUUUAUCCUUUGCAUCUUCUGAGAGAAAUCGAGACUAGAGUGUGGUUAUUGGCUGUAGAAGCAGAAGCACAUGUGAAAAGUUUAGGAGCAUUUAGUCCGAGUAGUACCAGAAGAGACAUUGCGAAUGGAAAUAAUUCAAAUCUUAUAGACCGAACUGCAAGUAUCAUAACAAAAAUGGACAACCAUAUUUCUUCAGCAACAAAAAAUAAAAUUGGAGAAAAGCAGGACUCCAGGCCCCCUGGCCAAGCACAUCAAAGGAACCAGGACACGAGCACUUCAGUAUUUGGUGCCAGCACAAAGUCUAAAAGGCGAGCAAAAGGGAAUGUCCCACAGAGAAGACACUUUGUGGAUUCUUCAGAUAGGAAUACUGAGUUUGAAGAAUCUUCAUCACUUCUAAACAUCAAAAGUGAGUUCCAGCUUCAAGAGGAAAAUACAGGUUUGGAGAUGUCCUUAUCAAAGUGGGAAGAAAGUAUUGAGCCUGCGGAGUUGGAAAGAGCUGUACUGUCUUUACUGGAGUUUGGACAAGUAACAGCUGCGAAGCAGCUCCAACUUAAGCUUGCUCCAGACAGUUUACCUUCUGAGCUGAUAAUUCUGGAUUCUGUUAUGAAGCUAGCAAUGCUUUCUACGCCUUGCAGUCAAGUACCAUUGUCUAUGUUGGAUGAUGAAGUUCGUUCUAUCAUUCAAUCACAGAAUCUAAAAAUAGACCAACCUGUGAUCGACCCGCUGCAGGUGUUGGAGAAUCUAUCAAACAUUUUAAACGAAGGCAGUGGACGUGGGCUGGCAAGAAAAAUCAUUGCAGUUAUAAAAGCUGCUAACAUACUGGGCCUUACAUUUACCGAGGCAUAUCAAAAGCAGACCAUAGAGUUGUUACGAUUACUUUCUCUUAAAGCACAAGAUUCCUUUGAGGAAGCUUGUCUCCUUGUCAAAACACAUUCCAUGCCCGCUGCUAGUAUCGCUCAAAUACUUGCAGAAUCCUUUUUGAAGGGUUUACUGGCAGCUCACCGUGGAGGAUAUAUAGAUUCUCAAAAGGAGGAAGGGCCUGCUCCACUUUUGUGGAGAUUUUCAGACUUUUUGAAGUGGGCGGAGCUUUGUCCAUCUGAACAGGAAAUUGGUCAUUCAUUAAUGCGUCUUGUGAUUACCGGGCAGGAAAUACCACACGCGUGUGAGGUUGAGCUACUUAUCUUAUCUCAUCACUUCUACAAGUCAUCUACGUGCCUUGAUGGAGUUGAUGUUCUUGUGGCACUUGCUGCGACAAGGGUUGAGGCUUAUGUUGCUGAGGGCGAUUUCUCAUGCCUGGGUCGUCUAAUAACUGGAGUUGGAAACUUUCAUGCUCUUAAUUUCAUUCUGAAUAUCCUAAUCGAAAACGGGCAGCUCGAUCUCUUGCUACAAAAAUUUUCUAGUGCUGCUGAUGCAAACACUGGCACUGCCCAGGCUGUCAGAAGUUUCAGGAUGGCUGUUCUGACUUCAUUGAAUCUCUUCAACCCAAAUGACCAUGAUGCAUUCGCAAUGGUAUAUAAACACUUUGACAUGAAGCAUGAAACGGCUGCUUUGCUAGAAGCACGUGCAGAUCAGGCUGCACAGCAGUGGUUUAGACGGUAUGACAAGGAUGAAAAUGAAGAUCUCCUCGAUGCUAUGCGCUAUUACAUCGAAGCAGCUGAAGUUCACACUUCUAUUGAUGCUGGAAACAAAGCUCGAAAGGCUUGUGGUCAGGCUUCCCUUGUCUCGCUUCAAAUAAGGAUGCCAGAUUCCAAGUGGCUCUGUUUAUCCGAAACAAACGCUAGAAGAGCACUUGUUGAUCAAUCUCGUUUCCAGGAGGCUCUGAUCGUAGCCGAAGCGUAUGGUCUUAACCAGCCAAGCGAAUGGGCGCUUGUACUUUGGAAUCUGAUGCUCAAACCCGAACUAGCGGAAGAGUUUGUGGCUGAGUUUGUGGCGGUGCUUCCCCUGCAGGCUUCAAUGCUACUGGAACUGGCUAGAUUUUACAGGGCCGAAAUGGCAGCUCGAGGUGACCAGUCUCAGUUCUCAGUCUGGCUGACAGGAGGAGGGUUGCCAGCUGAGUGGGCCAAGUACAUGUGGAGAUCAUUCAGGUGUUUACUGAAGAGAACACGGGACUUGAGGUUACGGUUACAGCUGGCUACAACAGCGACUGGAUUCUCUGACAUGGUUGAUGGGUGUAUGAACGCGUUGGAUAAGGUCCCGGAAAAUGCAGGACCACUUGUACUGAAGAAAGGACAUGGAGGAGGAUACUUACCACUUAUGUGAGUGAGUGAACUAAGAGAUCAUCAUCCCUAAAGGAUGCAAUGUUGAGUAUCUCGCUCGCUCGCUCUCUCUCGCUCUGCUACAUCGUUGUGAGAGAUCGAUGAUGGAGCUGUAAAUUAGCCGGAGAACUGAAAAAGAGUUUGAUGUUUUGGAAGAGAAAACUGAAGUUUUAAAAAAUAUAUAUAUAGGUUUCUCAGUGUUUUGGUGUGUUUUUGUUGAUGAUUGGUCUCACAAUUCUUUCCAUUUUGUUUGUUCGUUCUUAUACCUUGCGGCAAUUAAAUGGCAGUGUGGAGAGAGAGAUAUAGAGGUGUGUAGCAGUGUAAUAACUGUCUGUUAUAAGUUGUUGGAAAGAUCACAUUGUUGUAAUAAGUUGAAGUCUUAUACUUGUUUGUCUUGGAACGGA